AAUUUACAACAGUUUAGUGUAGAAAAUUGUAAAGCAAUGUUUUUUAUAUUAUUGGUAUUUGUUAUGUUUGCCAAUUUUAUGGUAAAUGCUCUUAUUGACCCAAUAGACUUAAUUAAAUCACACUCGUAUCCCGCUGAAAGACAUUUCGCAGUUACAGAUGAUGGCUACAUAAUAACCAUACACAGGAUUUCCCGAGGCAAACAUUUAAACAAAACAGGACCACCAGUAUUAUUGGGGCAUGGAACAGGAUCCAGCUCAGCCGAUUUUUUAAACGCAGGACCAGAAAGAGGUCUUGGAUAUAUCCUUGCGGAUUCAGGAUUUGAUGUGUGGAUAGGAAAUUCUAGAGGAAAUAGUUAUUCAACAAACCAUAUUAAGUAUAAUAGUGAAAGGGAAGCGAAGGCAUUUUAUAAUUUUAGUUUCCAUGAUAUUGGAUACUACGAUUACCCAGCUCAAAUAGAUUAUGUUUUAAAUGUUACAGGAAAAAGUAAAUUAUACUUUAUAGGGCACUCACAAGGUGGAACAGCUUAUUAUGUGAUGGGCUCCACAAGAACUGAUUAUAACAAUAAAAUAAGACUUGCUGUUUUACUAGGAGCCCCGGCUAUUAUGAAAAAUACACCUCAAAAAUUGUUUAGGAUAUUUGCUGACGUUAUUUUUGACGUUGAGGAUUUAGCUAACUUAAUGGGUCUAUAUCACAUCCCAUUUUUAGAAUCUCAAAGGAUGUUUGCUUACAAGUUUUGUUCUUUACCAAAAAAUCACAAGUUAUGUCAAGAUUUUAUGUACUUGUUUCUUGGAUUUGAGGAUAACGAGCAAAAUAAUAUGGGCAAAACUUUUAAAUUCUUUUUAUCAACGCCAUCAGACUUUUCGUUAAAGACAUUGCUACAUUUUGGUCAAAUAAUCAAAUCAGAGACUUUUAGACAAUAUGACUAUAGACCUGAAGGAAAUCUUCGUCAAUAUGGCGCCAUUGAACCUCCAAUAUAUAAUUUGAGUCUUAUAAUAAGCCCUCUUGCUUUAUUUUGUGGAAAAAAUGAUGCAUCUCUUAAUUUAAAGGAUGUUGAGAUUAUGGAAAAGUUAUUACCAAACGUCGUAUACAAAUACAUUGUUCCUUGGAAUAAAUUUAAUCAUGGAGAUUUCGUCCUUGCUACCGAUGUUGUCAACUUACUUUAUAAUGAUUUAAUUAGGAUUCUUAAAAUGUAUUAAUAUUUAGUUUUUAUAAUAA